AUGCGGCGCUCGAGUUUGCGGCCGAGACAGAUCGAUAUCCAUGCGCGCAUGCGAAUUAUCCGUGAGGAAGAGGAUCUGGAAGCUGACGAUGAUGGCGCUGCGGGUGCCACUCAGCCGCAAACAUCGUUUCAGCAGCUCGUGGCGAAUCUGGAAGCUCGACAGCGGGCUGUAGUUCAAUCUAAACGCAAGAAGAAAGAUAUUCCUAUACCCGUGAUUUUGCCGGUGUCAACAUAUGACAAUUCAGUAUCUGCAGAUUUUGAUAUACCGACGUCAUAUGUUCGGUUUCAACCUUUGCCGCGAGAUGAACAUGCUGUAGAUUUAGAUACGUUUGGUCCCGAGCUCCAGAAUGUCGAAGUAGAUUUAGAUGUGGAAGACAUGCGAUGGCUUCGACGUCACCCUAAGUACGGUCUAGAUGGAGACCCUCGAUAUCAAUUAUCACAGGAAAGAUUCGCUCAGAUGCUGGAUGCACUAGAAAAAGCAUCAGCAUUACUAAACCCGAACGUUAUGACUCUGGCUGAAGCUGAAGAUGUUUUUGCUAAGCGACUUAAUAUGUACAAGACGCCACUUAACCGCGUAACAUGUGACGUGUAUGCGUAUUGGGCUGCAAAGCGACAGAAGCUUCGUCGUCCUUUGCUACGUCGUUUUUGGCCUCAGACUCCGUUGAAUGAUACAAAUCCUCAUGCAGUGUUUCGACCACGUGAAAAGGAGCGAUACAAGUUGCGAAAGCACCGCAAGAACGACCUUGAGGGACUUCGUAAGCUGCAGCAGCUUCGUGUUGAUUUUGAACGCGUGCGCAGGUUGUUGGAACUCGUACGACGUCGAGAACGAGCAAAACGAUUGCAAUUAGACUUUCUCGAUGAAAUUCGACGUCAGGCAGAGCAUGAACUUGUAAACCGAGCUGGUCAUGCAAAUUCAAAAUUGGACAAGGCUGGAGUGGUAGAAGGGCCUCAGAUUGCGCCUUCAUUCAUGGAAUAUGACACAUCAGCAAAUUUUGUGAUGGAAGACACGACGGACACUGACAGCUCACCGCGUGAUUUGCGCGGUCCUGUGUUCCCAUCAUACCCUCUCUCUCCACCUCGAUUUAUCGCGACAAUUUUUCAGCAAUCGCCCAGAUACCGAUGUCGUGCACGUAUUGGUCGUGGUGGACGAUUAGUGUUGGAUCGGAUUCCAGCUCCAUCUUCUCGGUACUAUAGCGUGGCCGAGACCCAUGCGCCUACAUUAAAGUCUACAACUGCAAAUCUUUAUGCCGCAAAUUUGAGAGAUAUCACAACGCCGAAAUAUGGAGCGACCAAUAUAAUCGGAAGUUCAGAUUCUAGUCUCGCUACAAAUAAUGUCGCGGUUCUUGUUCAGGAUUCGUCGACUCACCCGCAAAUGAAUAAGAUCAAUGAAAUCACGUCCAUGCGUUUAAAUGAAAUCUACAGCAUGAGUGACAGUGAGGACGAACUUGUAGAAAUGAUUUCUUCAUCAGUUUACGAGGAAGUGAUGAACAAGACCAUAAGUGGCGGAAAGGGGCUCGAGAGUGUGCACACAGGUUCAGAACGGGAGAUGAAAUUUACACUCAAUAUCUAG